UGAUGCAGCAGUUAUGUCACAAAACAAACUGACAACACAAAGCCAACACCCUCAUAAAUGCUGCUCACUGUACUAGAGAUUUUCAGACUGAUCCUGCUGAGCUUCAGUAAUCACUGACAUGUAAAUGUUAGUUAUCUAAUAUCUUUAUUUCACAGCUAGCAAAUUACAGUAUGGCUAGUGCUUUGCAACUACAGCUCUGAAUAUGUGCUGGUAUGAAGAACAGUGACUACCUCCAACACAAUGCAAAUGGCAUCCGGUGGGAGCUGCAGGACCUUUUGAAAGAUUUUUUGGAAAAAAGGGAAAAAGGAGAACUUCUUAUACAAAAAACAAGCAGUCUGAAAAAAAAUGUUUUGCAAAAGGUAGAGCUCUCCGUUUCCAAGGAUGGGAUUCUUCACUUUGGGGAUGUGGUGAUGUUACUUAAUCCUGAGAAUGCAGAAGACACUCUUAGUAACACAUCCCCUGUGUAUGGGAAUUACACCUUGUCUGCUAAUCCAUGUGAAAAUGCAUUGCACGCCAAGACUCACCUGGAUGCGCCGUGUGGAGUCAGCGCCAGCCCUAAUGUGAAACCGUGUGCCCGGAAUGCUUUUGUCAUUACAAGUGUGGAUGGCAGUGCAGAUGGAGAACCUCUGCAUUAUGGACAGAAUUUUGCUUUGAGGAUGACAGGAGAGUUCAUGGAGCAUUUAUUUUUGACUAGUGAUCAGAAAACAUUUCUGAAAUGCAGCAAGAAGUCGAAUUUACAGGAUGUUACUUUAACUAAUGAACCUUCAUAUCAGACCUGCUGGCAGAUUGUUUACUUGGAUCCACAGAUGCGAAUGGAAUAUGAAGGAUUUCCUGUAACGGCCAACUCUAAAGUCCUUAUCGUUCAUAGCAAAACCAAUCAGUGUCUGGCAGUUCUGAGAAAAUAUGUCCUGUGGACUUUCUUUGGCAAGGAUUGUGAAGUCACUGCUCACACUUACUUAAAUGGACACAAGGCUGAGGAAAAUGAAAAUCACUGGACUAUAAUAACUGGAAACCCUAGUGAUGAAAAUACCACUAUGUUUGAUAGGCCUAAGCCAUCCAGUGAGCCUACAAUAAACACAGAACAAAGAUAACAAGUGCAUAUACUUAAUGUUCUGGACAAUAUUCAGUUAACAAUAAAAUAAUUUGUACACCAAAUUAAUUUCUGAAUCAGACAAGUAGAUUUGUUAAUUUUUAAGGAUAUAUUUAUUCUGUGCAUAUUUCAGAAAACACCAGUAUAAAUAUAACAUGUAUGUUUUCAUAAUAAAAUUGUUAAAGGGACAUUAAACAUAUUAACAGAUUGCAAUACAUUGUGGGCUUUCCAGUUCCUGUUAAAAGUGGAAGUGCAGACUCCAGAUUUAACACUACUAUAUUGUACACAAUCAUUUGCUGCACAUUCAUGUGACCCAUUUAUAACUGUUCACCUCAACAGAGAAGGAAAUCUAGGUUAGAACAUGGCGGAUCCAUUGAUUUAUGGACACUAAAACUAAACACUUUUUUUAUUCAAUGUUUAAACAACUAAUACUAUUAAAAUAUAGCUGCAUAUUA